CGGGCGCCGCCCCCUGCUCGGGCGGCGGCGGCGGCGGCGCGCGCGGGGCGAUGGCGGACAGCGCCAGCGAGAGCGACACCGACGGCGGCGGCGGCAGCGGCGGCACCGCGGGGCCGCUGUCGGGGGGCGGCCCGGGCGCGGGGCCCGGCUGCGGCCCGGCGGGCGGCAGCGGCGGCUCCUCGGGGGGCGGCAAAGCGGGCGGGAUCGUGAUCUCGCCGUUCCGGCUGGAGGAGCUGACGAACCGCCUGGCCUCGCUGCAGCAGGAGAACAAGGUGCUGAAGAUCGAGCUGGAGACCUACAAGCUCAAGUGCAAGGCGCUGCAGGAGGAGAACCGCGACCUGCGCAAGGCCAGCGUCACCAUCCAAGCAAGGGCAGAGCAAGAAGAAGAAUUCAUCAGUAAUACUCUAUUUAAGAAGAUUCAAGCUCUGCAGAAAGAAAAAGAAACACUUGCAGUAAACUAUGAAAAGGAAGAGGAAUUUCUCACUAAUGAGCUCUCAAGAAAACUGAUGCAGCUGCAACAUGAGAAAGCUGAACUGGAGCAGCAUCUAGAACAGGAGCAGGAAUUUCAAGUGAACAAACUGAUGAAGAAGAUUAAAAAACUGGAAAAUGAUACAAUUUCGAAGCAGCUCACCCUGGAGCAGCUAAGGCGUGAGAAGAUUGAUCUUGAGAACACUUUGGAACAGGAACAAGAAGCACUAGUGAAUCGUCUCUGGAAGAGGAUGGAUAAGCUUGAAGCAGAAAAAAGAAUUUUGCAGGAGAAGUUAGACCAGCCGGUGUCUGCUCCACCAUCACCCAGAGACAUAUCAAUGGAGAUAGACUCUCCAGAAAAUAUGAUGAGACAUAUCAGGUUUUUAAAGAAUGAAGUGGAGAGGUUAAAGAAACAACUGAGAGCUGCACAGUUACAGCAUUCAGAGAAGAUGGCACAAUACUUAGAAGAGGAGCGACAUAUGAGAGAAGAAAACUUGAGACUUCAAAGAAAAUUGCAGAGGGAAAUGGAACGUAGGGAAGCUCUCUGCAGACAACUGUCAGAAAGUGAAUCCAGCUUAGAAAUGGAUGAUGAAAGAUAUUUUAAUGAGAUGUCUGCACAAGGAUUAAGACCUCGCACUGUGUCCAGUCCUAUCCCUUAUACACCCUCACCAAGUUCUAGCAGACCUAUAUCACCUGGUCUGUCAUAUGCAAGUCACACAGUUGGUUUCACACCACCAACUUCACUGACUAGAGCUGGAAUGUCUUACUACAAUUCCCCAGGCCUUCAUGUGCAACAUAUGGGACCAUCCCAUGGUAUUACAAGGCCUUCACCACGAAGAAGUAACAGCCCCGACAAAUUUAAACGUCCCACUCCUCCUCCUUCUCCAAACACGCAGACCCCAGUGCAGCCACCUCCGCCACCACCUCCGCCACCCGUGCAACCUCCGGGCCCCGCCGCGGCGUCGCAGGCAGCCAAUUUCCAACACUCAGUGCAUCCCUCCUCUCAGCCUUAGUGCAUGUGCUCUGCAGUCUCUAUGUCAGAAGUGGACUCAUAACACGGAGCAGUUUACUAAAAGCCAAAGGCUUACUUGGCAUAUUUGGAUUUGACUUAUUUGCACUGAGGUUAUAUAGGCUUCACUGUUAAUUGUGUUGUAAACGUUUGUAUAAAAUGCAGCCAGUGUUGUGGGUCUACAACACUAACUUAACAAAGUUUUCCAUCAGUGUUUACUUGAACUACAUGUAUGUCCAUUCUCUGGCUGGAACAUUUGCUACUCUGUUUGGUAAUACGGCAUUAUGUCGUUUUGCUUGGCUCCAAAGCUUCAUUUUCCUGGCUUUUAGGUUUGUAAAAUUAAAGGGAUACCUUUUUAUAUUUUUUCAUGACAAUUUGCAGAAAAUGAAAGGCAUGAUGGGCUACGUGAUAAAUUCUGAAAUAUUACAGUGUUUACCAAGCUUAUGGAAGAUCAGCACUAUGUUUCAGUCAUUUAAAAUAUCAGCUUCUAGUGCAAAGGUGAGUCAGACACCCUAAUCAGUGCCCAAGACACAAGCUCUCUGGUAUUUCAUAGCAAAUAAGCUUUAUUCACAGAGGACACAUCCAUACUUCUCCUGUUUAAAAGCACCUCAAACAUAUGGUACAGUCAGAACUUUACACUGAGGGAACUGGCUUGUUGGAGUCUGUGGAAUGUACAAUUCGUGGACCUUAAGAUUUGAUGAUGUCACUUGACAUUUCUGCUAACCUGUAAGCUGCCCAUACCGUGUGCCCUGUCACAGUGACUGUAGGGGAGUGUGGUCCUGCCCGCAGGUUACUGAGAGCUGAUUCAAGUGUGUGCUCUUGGAUUUUUUUGCUGCAGAAGGCGACGUGAUUGUAGAGAACAGCUGAUGAUCAUUUCUUUCUUGUUAAAAAUAUAUUCAUUGUGAUUCCCCUGAAGCAAAGUUUGAACAGGUAUUUUAAAUGUUCAAAAGUCUGUUAGAAAACGAGAUGAGCCUAGAGGAAUAUAAUGGCGUAACAGCCAAAACUUUGUAUUGCUUGGUAGAAACAGAGUACAAGAAAGUAGCACAACAUGGCACUAAUGAAUGCUUAUUUAGCAGCCUAAGCCGGUACAAUGUAUAAAGAAAUGUAUUCCAAAUACAUUCUUUCCAUUCAUUUAGCACAAAUAAAUUGGUUUCACUUUGCAGUGGAACAAAGUGUCACUUCUUGAUAUUGCCAUCCUACUCGGUUACAUUUUUCCUGAGGUUCCUGUUGAGUACUGGGGUUUAUAUAUUAUUGAUAAUUUUAAAUGGUUUACCUCAUAUAUAUGGAUAUGUGGGCCAUGGAAAAUGACAAGAGAAUGUUUAUUUUAUGAGAAUAUGUAUCUGGCUAUAAUCAGAGCAGAACAUGAGUAAUUUAUCUUUUGUUUACAAAAGUUUGUUUGACAUGCUUAAUGCUUUAUUAAGGACAUUUUUAGGAAGGAAGUACAGCAUUCUGGUAGUAUACUAACACUUGUACAUAUAAUGUCAUGUUUGCCGCUCACCUAUUCAGUCAGAAUUGCAAACUGAAAAUCCUUAUGAAAAUAGUGCUCUAAAUCAAAGUUGUAAGUUAAAAUAAUGUUGUAAAAUGUUCCGCUUAAGGCAAAAUUAGAAUUUCUUCACCGUAGCAAUGUAGUUUCAGCUCUGAGAGAAUUUAGAGAAAUGCAUAUAUAGUCUAUUACACUUCUUAAACCAAUAUGGGAUCAAGUGCAUUAUCAAAUUACAUUACAUUAAUUAUGGUAGUUACUCUCCAGUCAAACGAUUCUCAAGAUUGUGGCAGACCUAAAAUUUGACCACUGCUUCCAGCUGAAAAUAAUUGACCAUAGCAGAUGCUCAGCUUUCCAUAGAGGAAACUCAGCUCUGAGCAUUAUAAUUAAACAAAGCUCCUGAAUAAGUGAUAGGAUUGAAUGGGAGAAAGUGACAUAGUCAGAGGUGGGACUAGGGUCAAGACAGGAUCAACUUACUUUGACACUUGUCCUUUUGUAAACAUAAGACAAAGAAAAAAAUAUACUCUUUAUUAAGUAGGAUUUCAGCUCAAGUGUCCCAGAAUUUGAAAUGGUGUCCUCCUUUCUGAAGUGCUUUGAGAUCCUUGGAUGUACGGCUCUGUGGAGGGCAGUCUCAUGGUGGUGGUAGCACAAAUGUGGGUGGAAAGGGAAGAGCCUUUGAUGGUGUUUUAAGAUCUCAAAAUGGAAAAUUGCCUAGAAUAAUUUACAUUUGAAGCAUAUUCCAAAACUGAAUUUGUGUAACCCAAGUUCAGCUGCUGUUAUAAAGUGUCUUAGUCAACUUUCCUUACUGUUCCAGUGGGACUGUUACCAGAAGAAAGUAAAGAACUGACAAAUGUAUACUAAACCUUGAAAGUGUAAAAAGGCACUAAAUUGGCCUUAUCGAACUAAGAACGUUGAACAAACAUUUGCUUGCAAUCAGAAGUGUUAAACUCUAUUUGUAGACUUUUUGAAUAAGAUGAGAAAUUGUGCACAACCAUCUCCUAAUAAAUGUAAAUGGAUUUUCA